CACUUCCGGCAGUGACAGCUAUUCCGGAAGAUGCCGAGCUCAGCUUUUCUAGGAGGAGGAAGAGACGUUGGCGGAAGAGGAGAAAAUAAGCGAGGUGUGACUAUGCAACAGGAGUGCUGGAGUUUAUUCUGAAAAAACUGAUUCAGUGAAAAAUUCUGGUGUUACGUCAUGGAGGUGUAACCAAACCCUAUUAAGCUCAAAGUAUGGUGCGGAUUUUGGCAAAUGGAGAUAUUGUACAAGACGACGAUCCUCGAGUAAGACAGAGCACUCAGAACAGGGAGAACUCCCGACCGGCCUUUUUCAACACAAAUGGAGGCCCUGCUCCACAACAGCACUAUGAGCAGCAGCAACAACGUCACCAUCAUCCGGGUGCAAGGCCAGGGGAACGGUCACCGUUUUCAGAUAUCAAUCAACAGUUGGUCAACAUGGGAUUCCCCACCUGGAACCUUGGCAAUCAGGUGGUAGAGCCAGUCAUGUCCAUCUUACUGCUGUUCCUCCUCAUGAUGGUGGGCGUGCGUGGCUUGCUCUUGGUGGGCCUCAUCUAUGUUGUUUCUCACUUAAGCCAGCGGUGACAAGGACUUCUGUACAGGCCAUCACAGCUGCCUGGUGGAAAGAGAACCAUUUUUUCUUGAGGUGUGUGUAUAUGAGAGAAUGCGAAGAAGUGACAAUGAGAUAAAUUGAAAGUGUGGAUGAUGUGCCCCUGUUAUGAGUGUGCUUGCUCAUAUAUUAUUUUCCCCUGAAUCCUUUGUAAAUCAACCUCAUUGGGAACAGACACGACCAUUGUGAAAUGUGAUCCCAUGAGGGUACCGUUUUUACACUUUGGUUGCCUUUUGUUAUCAGUAGUAUGAGAUUUAUUUUGCUUUUUUAUGGAGAGCAAAUGUCAGGAAUAUGAGAUUUAUCACCCGGGAUAUGGAUGAUAGGAAGGAGGCUGCAGGAUUGAAAAGGACAGCAGCUAAAUCUCUUUGAGAGGUAAACAGCAAAAACAGAAAGGGAAAAGCAAUAGAAAGGCACUUUCACCUAUGGGUUAACUAAGUGUGUGUGGGAAGAAUUCUGGAAAGUAGAUGGCUACAAGUCUUAAAGCAAGGAUGGAAGUGGCACAUCUGUCCAAAUUAUUUUAAAUGGGCUUGUAUUUGAGGAAUGGUUUUGUAAACUGAGGUUGUUAAUUUACAUCAGUUACAGCUCCAGAAUCCCAUCUGAGUAAUGAAGAAGAUUCAGAUUGGUUCUUGGAACAAUCCUAGUUAUAUUUGGGGAGAUAUCUAUACUUUCAGCUACUCAGUAUUCAUGAAUGAGCCAUUUUGAGAACUGGUUGCUCCAUGUGGGAGCUGUCUGUGGCCUUGGUUCUUGCAAAUAAUAUGUGAGUGUUUGUUCCAAGGCAGCGCCUUGCCUACUUGGAUGGGGGUACCACAGGUGUAAAACUGUUUCAUAAUAUCGCCUGGGUGAGUAUGUGUGGUUUAAGUUUGUUGUAUUGAAGUCUUACAGUGCAAUGAACAUGUGUGAAAAAGUGGGAAACUCUAUGAUUCUAUAAUUCUAAUGAACACUGAAGGCUUAAAUGAAAAAGCAGAACUAUCUGUCUUUUGUGUUUUAAUCUGUGGAUUUAGGAUAACUUGCAGCAUAUUUAAAAGGAAAAAAAAUGAAAACAAACCUGUAGAAAUAUAACACAGGGACUGUUUCAGCAUGUGCACACACCCAGAAAUUUUGAAAGCCCCAUGACUGUCAAUGGGAGGCCAAUGUGGCCAAGAAAGACUCUUUGAUUUUUGGAAGAAGUUUUAAAAAGCCUUCAAAGGUGGAAGUGAUGAAUGGGGGGAAAAAUCCUACAAAGCAAGAAUGUAAGACUGAAAGCACUGGGAGGAUUCAUUCAUAUCUUGUCAGUGAUAUCAAGUGCUAUUUAAUUUGCUGAUAGUUCCAUGAACCUUCUGAUUCCCAGACGCCAUUAUUACUCUUGAAAGUAUACUUAACAAUAAUAAUAAAAAUAAAACUUUAUAUCCCACCCUCUUGCCCUGAAGGGACUCAGGAUGGGAUUGAGCCAGGGAUUCAAUGGUUGUAUUUACUCUUUCUGCUCCUGAUGCCCAGCCUAAAGUUGAGUUUAUCAGCUGCAAGCCCCAGAUUAAUUGAAAACAAGAUUCUGCAUUUUGUGUCCCUAAAUCAGUGGUUCUCAACCUGGGGUCCCCAGAUGUUUUUGGUUUUCAACUCCCAGAAAUCCUAACAGCUGGUAAACCGGCUGGGAUUUCUGGGAGUUGUAGGCCAAAAACAUCUGGGAACCCCAGGUUGAGAACCACUGCCCUAAAUAAUUGAGGAAUGCUUAGGAAGUUAUGUUUGAAGACUCAUGGUGAUAUAUUAAGUAUAUCCUUUGAGUAUAACAAGAUAAUAGUCACAGGAAUAUAUAUGAAGCAGCUUCUGGGGGUUGAUCGUGUUCAUUAGGUGGGAAAUGUUAAGUCCUCCAGUUGUUUUGUACUAAAACUCCCAGAGCCUGUUACCUUUAAUACUGCUGGCUAGAGAUGUGGAAGUUCUCAACUCUUGCUGUAAAAUCAAUAUAGUAGCUGACUUCUGAUUAUCUGCUGACUAUCAUUAAGUUGUUACUAAAUAAAGGAUAAUGAUUAAUUA